UAAAAAAAGAUUAAGUGUAAAAAUUAAUCGUUACUUGCGAUGUAUAGCAUAUAACGGAAAUCGAAGGAGUGUUGAUCUCAAAAAAAGAAAAACAAAAACGUUGAAAAUAUUUAAAAAUUUAAAAAUUUAAUAACAAUAUUUUUUAACCUACAACCAAAAUUUUGCUAAGUGACCAAUCGAUUUGCAAUCGAGACUUUUGAAAGUGAAAGUGACAAGUAAACAAUGUACAAUUUGAGGUUUCAAAGUGAACGCAUACAUAAACACGUACAUAAGAAUAUUUGUGAGACAGUGAAUGCCAAAGUGAAAUGAAAUGAAAAGUGAACAGCAAUCAACGUUUGACGUUAACUACCCAACCUACACGCCAACAAUAUAAUCGUUUAGACAUUUUCAAGUGAAGACAUAAAAUUACCAUCAAAUUAUCAUUUUGCACAAAGGGGAAGCAUUAAAAGUUUGCUGAUGUAAACACCUAAAUAGAUGGUGUGGAGAAAAAAAAAUAAGUGAACGCUAACGCUGCAUUGCGUAUAUCACCAACCGAUUUUGAUAUCAUCAGCAUGUCGACAUCAACGUCCGUGACUGCAGCCCCUUCAGCUUCUACACAAAUAUUUCGUUCGUUGUCAUCGGAUAGUCAGAAAAAUGAUUGGUCCAAGCGUUUGUCUCUGCGUGGGAUGCGUCGCGGUGGUAGCGCUGGCAGCAGCAAUACCAGCAAAGAGGAGCCAAAACACAAACAUAAAUUUUUUAAUCGUUCCUCAUCGUUGAAACAAGCGAGCGCUCCAAAGGGUACAUUGGAACUUCAGACCACAGCACAGCAAUCAUAUCAACAGCUGUCUCAGCAAAACUCCGUAGCGACGCCGAAAAAGUCUAACUGGGAGGUAAUCGAACAUUUCAAUACGGGGAGCGCCAAAGGCGGCAAGGCGGUGGUGAGCAGCAGCUUAAUUGCGGCUGGCAUAACACGUUGCAACAUAGACGAAUCAGUAGAUUCUACCAACUCCAGCUCAACAUGUCCAAGUCCUAUGGUGUAUCAGCGUGAUGAAGCACAUUUGCUACAACAAAACUCUGAUUCAAUGGAUGGCCGUAACACAGAGGCGGGCAGCAAUGCUAAUGCUCCGGUUGGCGGUACUGGUGGUCUCAGUCCGACAAUUUCAUUUUGGUUUCGCUUGAAUCGUGUUAUCCUGCGCCUGUGUACUACACAUCAAUUUAAAAAUCUGCAGGUGGAAAUGCUUUAUCAGCGUUAUUUUCUGCGCAUGAAUCAGAGUAAUACGACACACAUUUUGGCUUUGCUGCUGGCAUUGAUAGUGGCUUUAUCGAGUGCGCAAAUUGUAUUCACUACAUUGAAGAUAAGUGGCAACUCUGUUGUAACAGUUUUUGCUACAACGAACGACUCGACCAACAAUGUGACUAAUAGGGUGCGAAGAGGUGGUAAUGCAAUAGCCGCAACCUCAGUUCGGCCAUUAACGGAAAUGGGCUAUCAACAGGCGCAACUCUUAAGCCAACAAUCAGCCCCAAUUGGCGUAAUUCUGGGUCGAGAAUCAACGCUGCCGUUAGUUGAACACAUUUUUGCUGGUGAUGUUGUCGAUGGCACAGGCACGACAGUAAAAAUUAGCGCACAACAAUUUGUAGCAAGUGCAGCAUUCAAACAAACUCGUACAUCGACGCCUACAUUACAAACCGUUACAUUACCAACAUUACGCCCAUUUACUACCACAAUAUCGCCCACUUCAACAAAAUCAUCAACUUACCUGCCUUAUGCGGCACAAGAUUGGCUUGAUCCCCAAGUUUUUACCAUUCCACUGCUGACGUUCGCACAUUACGAUGGGCAGCAGCAACUUAAGGGAGAGAUACGCGCUGCCGACUGGCGAAAGACUUCGGAAUUACAUUUACAAGCGCCAGUGGCAUUCAAGCGUCUCAAACGCAAACAUCAUUAUAGUCAUUGGCCAAAGUUGCACCGCUUCAAACGUUCCAGAUUGAAAUCCUUAAUUAACAACAAAACAAAGCUGGAGGCACAUAAUCAAGCAACAACAGCAGCGCCAUUCCUUGUAAGUCCAAACGAAGCGCUGAUGGGGGAAAAUAUACUUGAGAAAAUUACGCGAAGUGCAGAAAAUCACGGAAACAUUGUGCGAAUGCCUUGGCAUGUGUUAAGUUCCUCGCAUAAGCCACUUCGCAGUAAGCGAAUGGUCAGUUAUAAAUAUGCGGAGAUAGAAGAGAAUAGCCAGGAUGCACGCUUAAGUUCGGCCACAAACAGUAACCAACGACGGAUAAGAACACUUGCGUUAAAUAAAGUGAAAGCGGAAUUGGAAGCGGAUGAGGAAUCUACAACGAAGCGUUUUAUGCAUUCACUAGAAGCUGGAGAAAAUAACGAAACGAUUCAUAACAACAACUACAGUAACAUAAACAACAAGUACAAACGACAUAUGGCACGUAGCUUUGAGAAAGCGGAAAACAGUGCACGUAGCAAUGGAGAGGGGAAGAUGGCGACGACAGUGGCAACAACAGCCAUAAGACAUCCAGUCGUUGAUGAACGUAAAUUGGACAAUGCAACAAAAACAACUACUGCGACAAAAACAAGUGCGCCCGUGCUAGUUGAUGGUUGGGAUAAUAAACGCGCUUCAAAUCUACUGGCUACGAAGGCUUCAUUGGAGCAACAACAAGUCGAGCCUUCGGCACUGCCCGGUGAAGUGAAAGAAAUCACAGCUGCUCCAGGACAUGUCACAUUCCCCGGCUUAGGCUUGCUGUUGCAAGCUUUGACAGCGAUUGAUAAACGUGUCCUGGUAUUUCUUGUGGUGAUGACAAUUUGUGUGCUUGUAUAUGCGUCGCUACUGUGCAUUCUCUCGAAACCGGCGAUGAACGAAAUCUUCUUAGUACUUGUGUCUUAUGUGAUUGUAGCCACAUUUGUUGCCAUUGAGAUUGUCAUGAGCUAUGCGACGCUGCCAAGCAAAACGUACAAUGGAAGUUCCUGUUGUGUUGUCUUCAUCUACAUGACAUACACAAUGUUGCCGUUGCGACUACGUGAGGCACUCAUCGGUGGCAUAGCCUUGUCCUGCAUGCACAUCUACACAAGUCUACGCUAUACAGAAGCACCAAUCCAUUGGCAGGAGUUAUUUUGCAGCCUUCUAGCAUUAUUCAUCUCCAAUCUAACAGGCAUUUACACGCAUUGGCCUAAGGAGAAAGCGCAACGGAAAGCGUUCAUCGAGACACGGCAGUGUAUUGAAGCGCGUUUGCGUACCCAGCGGGAGAAUCAGCAACAGGAACGUCUGCUGCUGUCGGUGUUGCCGCGUCACGUUGCCAUGGAAAUGAAGGACGACAUUGCAGGUCAGCCACGUGAUACACAAUUUCACAAAAUCUACAUACAACGACACGAAAAUGUCAGCAUACUUUUUGCGGACAUCUGCGGUUUCACCAGCCUCUCUGAUCAAUGCACCGCUGAAGAGUUGGUCCGGCUGCUUAACGAACUUUUUGCCAGAUUUGAUCGAUUAGCUGCUGAACAUCAUUGCCUGCGAAUUAAACUUUUGGGCGAUUGCUAUUACUGUGUAUCUGGCUUGCCAGAACCACGACCGGAUCAUGCUCAUUGCGCUGUUGAAAUGGGCUUGGACAUGAUUGAUGCCAUAGCGCUUGUUCGUGAAGUGAUGGCUGUCAAUGUAAAUAUGCGUGUUGGCAUUCACACCGGACGUGUGCAUUGUGGUGUCCUUGGCUUGGUCAAGUGGCAAUUUGAUGUGUGGUCGAAUGAUGUGACACUGGCUAACCACAUGGAAAGCGGCGGCAUACCUGGACGCGUUCACAUAACCAAGGAGACACUCAAAUGUUUGGAUGGCGAUUACGAAGUGGAAGAAGGUAAAGGGGCUGAACGGAACACGUAUCUGAAGGAUCAUCAAAUCGAAACUUAUCUCAUAGUGCCAGGUGAUAUUUAUCGACCGCAUAAGAAAUCACGCAGUCGCCUUCAAGUGAAUGGCAACAUUUCCAAGGAGUUGCGGAUGAUGGGGCAUGCUGGCACACAGAAGAACACCUCCAAAUUUGGCUUUGGCGAUAGCUCGGAAGGUGCCAAGGAUCCCGAGGAUGAAGUGAAUGAGUAUUUGAUGCGUGCAAUUGAUGCGCGUAGCAUUGACCAUUUACGGGCAGAGCAUUGUCAGUCAGUGUUAUUGUCCUUCAAGGAUGAAUCGCUGGAGAAGAAGUAUGGUUCGGAACCGGAUCGUAUGCUGAGCGUAUAUUUCUACUGCAGUUUUGUUGUACUCAUUGCCACAACAGUUAUAAGACUUUCCAUUUUUAAACCGAAUUUACUCACAAUCACCACUUCCUGUGCGACAAUAGUCAUCGUCCUAUUAAUUUCGUUACUCGUUGCCGCUCAUGUGAGCAAAAUGAAACUACCGACUAGCUUCAAGAGAUUCUCUUCACGCAUUCAUAACAAUCGUUUGUUAGCACAGUGCUUAGCUUUUAUAACUGUUACGCUGAUUGCUCUGACUACCGUGUUAACAAUGGCCUAUGAAAUGUUCUAUGGUGAAAACUUGGAUAUCUCAUCCAUGAGCACUCCAAGUUAUAAACUCCAACCCACCGAUGAUAUGUUUAAAGCAACAGCAGCAGGCGAAGGCAAAGGUAUUGGAAAUGAUUACAUUAUCGCCAACACAACUAACAGCGCUGCUGCCGAAUUCAACUGUGAUUAUUUUUUAGCUAUAAAUACUUUCUUACUGCUGACGCUGGUAUCAAUGAUGACUUGUGCCACUUACCAGGUGCUGCGGAUUGUACUGAAAUUGUUGUUGCUACUAUUUGUUGCUGCAUUCUAUACCAGUUUUUCCCUGUAUCUGUAUACGCGCAAAGACAUGCGCUUUGUCCUGGACACGGAGGAGGCUUUGCUACGCUAUAUAAUUGAUUCAAUUUUCCUGUUUGCCUUCAUGUUGGCAUUGGUAUUUCACAGCCACCAAACAGAGGCCACUUAUCGCCUAGAUUUUAUUUGGAAAUUACAAGCGACAGAGGAAAAAGAGGACAUGGAACAUUUACAAGCUUAUAACCGUAAGCUACUGGAGAAUAUUUUACCUGUGCAUGUAGCGGAACAUUUUCUGAGUCGAGAGAAAAAUAUCGAUGACCUAUACCAUGAGCAAUGUGAGAGUGUCUGCAUACUAUUUGCGUCGAUACCAAACUUUUCGGAAUUUUAUGUUGAACUCGAAGGUAAUAAUGAAGGUGUGGAAUGUUUGCGAUUGCUCAAUGAGAUUAUCGCCGAUUUUGAUGAACUGCUAAGCGAGAAACGUUUCCGGUACAUUGAGAAGAUUAAGAGUACGGGUGCGACAUAUAUGGCAGCUUCCGGUUUGACGGCGAACACCUGUGAUCAAGUGAAUUUUUGUCAUGUCACUGCGAUGGCGGAAUAUGCGUUGCAGUUAUUUGAUAAAAUCGAAGAGGUCAACAUGCAUUCAUUCAACAACUUUCGCUUAAGAAUAGGUAUCAAUAUCGGUCCAGUUGUGGCCGGUGUCAUUGGCGCACGUAAACCGCAAUAUGACAUAUGGGGAAACGCCGUGAAUGUAGCUUCGCGUAUGGACUCUACUGGAAUUCCAGAUCAUAUACAGGUCACACAGGAGAUGUACCAAAUUCUGUCUGGGCGUGGCUUUGAGCUCACCUGUCGCGGCAGUGUUAACGUCAAGGGUAAAGGUUCCAUGAUUACAUACUUUCUGAAGGCAAAAUCAGCAAAAAUACCAACACCAGUAGCGACAGACAGUGCAAACGUAGUGACGACAAUAAGCGAUUCAAGCGCCAUGGCAGAAGCUAUAGAGCCCAACAUAAAUAAUAAAAGUGUAGAGAGUGCAUCACUUGCGUUAGUGACAUCGCCCACCAAAGAAAUUGCCAAAGCAGCUGACAUUGAAUUAGUCGAUAAAACAUCUGCAACGUUACCUUCAUUGCAAUCAGUUUCUGAAGUAGAGUCAUCUUUCUUGCCCACAAAUGAACCAAAAAAGCCUAGCAUUGAUUCUGUCGACGAUGAUCUCUCACCCGAUUCGGAGCUGAAUUCCUAUAUGCAGAGUGCCACUGCACAGCGUCGGAAAUCACUUUGCCGUCAACAUAACAUAUCAUCUUCCUUUGGCACCACUACUAGCUCAACUUCAGCGCUCACGCCCACUGUACUAUCCAGCAGCUCCAGCGUGGUCACAAUUGCUGCAUUACCCACAAUGCCCAAAACAGGUUCAUUAUCCAUAGAUAAUUCCACGGAGAAUACCAGGGGCAGCUCACUAAAUACCGCUACAUCCACCAGUUCACCUAACGGACGUAGCAGCAGCCAACCGCGCACCUACGUUGACGAACUGAAGGAAGAAUUCAAAGAUGAAAGUGAUAAGUCAUCCCUGAAAGACUCUAUUGGAAAUCUACAAAUUUUACUGAAAAACAACAUAAGUCUCUCGGAUCUCAGCAACAAACAACAAUUGAACCUUAGACCUAAUGAUGCCAAAGUGCAACAAAUAAAAAAGGAAACCCUUGUAACAUUUCGUACCGAGACACUUGCUCGUCGACAACGCAAAUCAAUUACAACGAUCGCUACGACAACGCAGAUACGCAGCUUCGAUGAUUGUGUCCCUUCCAUUACAACAGCAAACGGUACGCAUAAGAAUGCUUAUCAGCUGGCUAAUUAUAAUGACUGCGACAUACACGACAAACAGGCAUGUAACGGCUUGCAACAGCGACCCCACGACUGGCUCAACCGCCACCGACUCGAAACUCAUCGAAAUCUCAUCAGAAGUUCACAGUCGAUGAGCCCCAUCGGCCUGGCAGGUAGUGAGGUGUUUGUGAUGCCCAAUAGUCGCAGCAUGAUUGUGUUUAGUAGCAGUGGCAGCAGCAGCGGUAGCUCGAGUAGUAGUAGCAGUGGCACGACCGCAGGUAAUACAAUCGCAUACAUGUUGCAGGAUGUGAGCACCUAA